UGAAAAAUUAAUUCUGAAACAUUACAAAAAUCUUGAUGUAAGGUUCUAUUAAAUUUCGAUUGAAUCGUCUACUGAUGCAUAUAUAAAUACUGCUUUAUCAUGAUUCACGAUCAUUCAGUGGGACUAAUCUUUGCUUACGUCACAAUGUUUUACAUUUUAGAAUCAAUUAUUCAAAAUGCGUAUUACGUGUAUGUAUAUAUGUAAAUACAUAUCUUAUACUCAUCGAAAAUCUUGGAUUAAAAAAUUGCUAUUAAAAUGAUGAUGUUAAUUCUCAUGCAACAAAGGUAAUCAGAUGUUAAACGAUGACCAAUAACAUUUUACAUGUGAUUAAUGAUAUAUAAUUAAACUUACUGAGUAUGUUCUAACUGAUGAUAAUUAUAACUCACGAAUGGAAGAGGUAAAUUUUUAAGGAUAAAAUUAUUAGUAUGUUUAAAUAAAAACAGUACUACACUGGCGAGUAUUAAUAGUUCAUUAUUAAAUUUUGCACCAAUAAAAAAUAGAAGAUAUACUUUCCACCAAUGAUAAAAGUUUCAGAAUUUUCUUACUAGAUAGUCUUACGAUCAAUCUAGAUUUUGAUUGGCAAACUACACGAAUAAAUUUCUAUAAUAUGUCUUUACCACAAAUAUUGUUAAUGAAAUAGGAAUAUGAUAUAAUUAAAAAACUUCUCAUUUUUUAUGUGAAUUCUUUUCUUUCACUAUCUCGAAAUUCAUAUUCUAAAUGUAGUGAUGUUCUACGUUGAGAAUUAACCUUCAUGAAUUUAGUUUCAAUCUGCGCAAGCGUAUUAGAACCAUAUGAUAAACUAAUAAUUUGUAUCAUAUAUUGGAUAUUAACAAUGAUAUAGCAUUGUAAACUUAAAUUUGCACUUAAAAAAAAAUUAAGAAAUAAACGUUAUUUUAUUUUGUGUUUGUCCAAUAUUAUAAAAUCGUUGCAAUAUGUUGAUUACAAGUGUAAUUUCAAAAGGGAUUAAGUUUCGAAUUCCGAUAACAACUCAAAAAUUACACGCUUUAAUUAAAAUGUAUUCUACCUCAUCUGGCUCAUCAUCUAAUUCAUCAUCAGACUCUCCAUCCGAUUCAUCGUCAGAUUCAUCAUCUGAUUCUGAUUCGGAUAUACAAAAUAUAAAGAAAAAAAAACCAGUUUCAAAUGUUUCUACAAAAUCAUUGGAUGAUCUUAUAGAUAACCUACUGUCGAAAGAUAAAAAAAAAAUAGAUGUUGCUAUGCCUUUGAGAAAAAUUAUUAAAGAGGAUAAAUCACCUGUAAAGGAAAAAAAUAAGUCCUACGAAGCACAACUUGUACAAGCUGCCGAAGAUAUAGCAAAUGCUUUUAAUAUAAAUAAGGGAGAAACAAAGGCACAAUUAUUAAAUAGGUUAUCCAAUAUAUAUAAGGACGAUUAUAAAAAGAAACUACGUGAAAGCUUGAGUAAAAAACAAGACGAGAUCAUAUCAGAAUAUAGAUUUUCUAAAAAAAGCAAACAAGUAGAUAGUAAUGAACAAUGGAAAUACAAAGCUGAUAUUGCUCGUAAGUUUAAAUCUUAUGAUAAAAUAAGUAUUAUCCAGCAAUUACAGAUAGAGGCAAAACGAAAAAAGUACCAGGCUGAAAAAAUUCUAAGGAAAGAAAAACUAAGCAAAAAAGUAACAAUUUUUAAGGACAUAAAAGAGCCUACAACAAGCAUACCAAAAUUAUCCAUGUGGGAAUCCUUAGAAAAAAGAGAACUUGAUUUAAUUCUUUAUCAUUCUCCCAAAAAUAUUUUUCAAGAAAUGAUACAAUGGACUGAAUUAGGAAUAUUAUGGAAAUUUCCUAUUGAUAAUGAAAUUGGAAUGGAAGAAGAAAGUAAUGUGCAUUUCUCUGAACAUGUAUUUCUAGAACGUCAUUUAAAAGGUUGGUGCCCUAAAAGUGGCCCAAUACGUCAUUUUAUGGAACUUGUAUGCGUAGGUCUUUCUAAAAAUCCAUACUUGUCUGUAAAUGAAAAAAUGAAUCACAUUACAUGGUAUAAAGAAUACUUUAAAGAGAAGAAAGAAUUAUUAACAGAAUUAGGUGCAAUUGAUGUUUCAUCCACUAUAAAGGAGCAGACAAAAACUUAGAUUAUAAUAUAUUUAUGUAUGUUUGUUAAGAAUUGAUAUUUUAUUUUUAUGUUAUAUAUAAUGUACAUCUACUUCUGUAUUUUAUAUUCUAAUUCUUUGCUAUUUAUAGAUACAUGCAGAGUUAACAUUGUAU